GUGCACGUGCACUUUUUCAAAUAAUGUAAACCACAAGUUUAUUUUACUUAUAAUAAAUCCAAAACCCAGACGGAACCCACACAUCAUUUGGCUCAAGAUGAUGGCGUCACGAGACAUGAAGAAGUCUUAAAUCUCAAGCCAAUAGAGAACGACGGUGGUCCCCUAGAAGUUAUUUCACAGUAUUGGGAUUCAAAGGAAGGUGCCAACAUCUGUGUUUAAGUAUCUGGCCUAAACAAACUACGUGCUGCUACUGAAGAAUAAAGACAUAGUCAUCGCUAUAACACAAAAGACAUUGCACAGACAUGAUGUUAAUGUAAUGUCAAUGGACUCUUCUAAAUAACUCCAUGCAUGACGGCAGAGAAAAUAAAGACAUUUUGGACUGCGCUAUUUGUGGAAUGGGCCUUGGGAUUGGAGGCUUGGAGCCAUUUGGCUUGACUUUCUUUGAAGAUGGUUUUGUGGAGGGUUAAACCCAUACUCCUCCCUCUCUCUGAUGCCUGUCGCUCUUUCAUUCUGCCCAGGGAAGGCUGUACGUCACUGUGGGUGCAGAUAUAAAAUAGUCUUUGGCUGUAUCUUGCCAUCUGCGCACUUUCUGCUGCACUGGACUGUAAUUUAUGUCAGUGAUGAGAGCUUUUUUAGCUGUUGCCUUGUAACGUGUUGGUGGCGACUGACUGUUUAACCUUGUGGAUAUCCAGGACUUGCAUUGUUGGAUUUUUCUACCUGCUGCUUGGCUUCUAGUUGCCAUACCAUGCAGACAUGGAGGUUUCGUUCACUGAUUGUUUGUGUUUUGUUGCCGUACAUCAGUGGAUUCCAGCAAGAGGACACUCAAGCUGGUUGUAGCACAACUCCCAAUGACCUUGCAUUCAUCAUCGAUGGCUCCUCAAGCUUGGGUGUCCCCAACUUUGAAACAGCCAAGCGCUGGCUCAUCAACAUCACCAGUGGCUUUGACGUGAGCACCAGGCACACUCAGGUGGCGGUUGUCCAGUACAGUGACACCCCUCGACUUGAGAUUCCUCUGGGAAAGCAUCAGAACAGCCAGGAACUCAUCGAGGCCAUCACCUCCAUCUCGUACCUGGGAGGCAACACGCGAACCGGCCGCGCCAUCAAGUUUGCCACAGAUCACGUCUUCGGGAUGCCUAACCGCACCUCCCUGUCUCCCAGAAACCGCAUCGCUGUGGUUCUCACCGAUGGGCGUUCACAGGAUGACGUUGAGGAUGCUGCAAUGGAGGCCAGAGCACAGAAUAUUGUUCUGUUUGCAGUCGGUGUGGGAAAUGAGAUCACUAACUCUGAGUUGGUGUCCGUGGCCAACAAGCCAGCCUCUACUUACGUGCUACACGUGGAGGAUUACAAAUCUAUUGCAAGCAUAUGGGACCUGAUGGAGCAGAAACUAUGCGAGGAAUCGGUGUGUCCGACGCGGAUCCCUGGGACAGUGAACGAUCAGAAAGGCUUUGAUCUAAUGAGCCUGAUGAAGAUCGAGCAGGUGGCUCAGAAGGUUCAGGGCUCUUUGAUAUCAGAGAGAGCGUCACAGCUCAGCCCUCGCAUGGACAUCACUCACAACACCAGAGAGAUCUUUCCAGAAGGCCUUCCUCCAGCUUUCGUGUUUGUGGCAACUCUACGCUUGAAAAACCCAGCUCACUGGAUGAAGUUUGACCUCUUGAGGGUGUUAUCUCAGGAUGGAGUUAAGCAGAUCGCUGUGACUGUGAACGGAGCAGACAAAUCGGUCACUGUUACCUGCACCAGCACUCUGAAGAAAGAGCAGUCAGUCAUAUUUAAUGACAGAGGGAUCAAGAGGCUCUUUGACACGGAUUGGCACCAGCUGAAGUUCUUGGUGAGACCCAAACGCAUCACUUGUUUCGUAGAUGGCGCGUACGUGGAGGAGCAGCUCCUAGAUCCAGUUGUUCCUAUCUACAUUAACGGAAAGACUCAGGUGGCCAAGAAAGUCAAUAUCGAGACUACAGUCCCUAUUGUGCUGCAGAAGUUACGGCUCUACUGUGACCCCCAGCAAAGUGAACGAGAGACAGCAUGUGAAAUUUACUCUGUGGAUGAUGACAGGUGUCCUUCGGAUCGCUCUCCUGCUGUAGAAGGUUGCGAUUGUCCCAGUGGUAAACCUGGUCUGCCUGGUCUACCUGGACCUAUGGGCUUCAGAGGGGAGAAAGGCAGAGAAGGACCUCCUGGACCCGAUGGUAAACCUGGAAAACCAGGGGAGAAGGGAGCAUCUGGAGAGCCUGGUCAAGAUGGACAGAAAGGUGAAGCAGGUGAACCAGGACAAAAGGGGGAGCGAGGGCUGGAAGGACCCAAAGGAGAAGUGGGACCACCAGGGCCACCGGGGCCUUCAGGACCGACAGGCACCGGCUUUUCCAAAUUGGAUUUAGAUGACUUUGGAAUUCAAGGAAGCAAGGGAAUCCCAGGAGAGCCAGGGGAAAUGGGACCACCUGGAAAACCCGGACCAAAUGGUGAAUCUGGGCCACCUGGUCUACCUGGACUUGCUGGUCCCAAGGGAGAGAAAGGAGAUGAUGGCGCUUCAGGAUCAGAUGGACAACCAGGAAUCCCUGGGAUACGGGGACUUCCUGGAGAGAUAGGCCCUGCUGGACCUCAAGGUGAGCGAGGCAUGCCAGGACCAGCAGGCUUUACUGGACCAACAGGACAGCAGGGACCCCCAGGCCCAGCUGGCCCACCUGGCAUAGAAGGUCCUCCUGGUCCAAAGGGUAAUUCUGGCUCUCACGGACAGGAUGGUCUCCCUGGUGCACCUGGUGCCAAAGGUUCAGAUGGAGAGCAUGGCAUUCAAGGUCCCCCUGGUAUUAGAGGUCUACCAGGGUUCAAAGGUCAUAAGGGUGACUCAGGAUCAUCUGGACCAAGGGGAAGUCAGGGCGAGAAAGGAAACCAGGGAGAACCUGGAGUUGCUGGAGAACAUGGUGAACCAGGCCUGAAAGGGAACAAAGGAGAGCCAGGUGUAGCAGGGGAUCCUGGGAGCAGAGGGGCUGAUGGGAAAAAGGGAGAUGUCGGUCCAUCAGGGCCACCUGGAUCUCAAGGCUUUCCAGGUCUAGAUGGGUUACCAGGACAACCAGGAGUUCCAGGUUACCCAGGGAAACCAGGCAAGCCACCUACGGAAGAGCAGCUUAUGAAGAUUUGUGCUUCUGUGCUACAAAGCCAGCUGCCACAGCUCCUGCAGGUGAUGGGCCAAAGAAGUUGCCAGCACUGUGAAACCAUACAAGGACCACCAGGCGAUCCAGGUCCCCCAGGCCCAACGGGCCCAUCUGGACCCACAGGGUAUCCCGGCAUGGCUGGGUCUCCAGGCUACCCAGGACCUCCAGGGAGGAGGGGACCUGAAGGGGUAAAAGGUGAUAUUGGCCCAAUGGGUAUGAAAGGUGCUAAAGGACAAGGUGAAGUCGGGUUGCCAGGUCCACCUGGCCCAGCAGGUUUGCAGGGCCAACGUGGGGAUGACGGUGAGGGAUAUCCUGGGCCUUCUGGUCCACCAGGAAAACCUGGCACUCCGGGCACCCCAGGCAAACGUGGGCCCCCAGGAUCCAUGGGGAUUUGUGACCUGUCCUCUUGUUAUCAAGCCUAUGGCUUUCGGGAUGAUCCAUUUAGAAAAGGACCUAACUUUUAGCAUCAGGACAGUGGGAUCUUACUGAUUCUUUACAGUCUUUUCUCUCUCAGAUGAACAUUUCUGGUGCUCAGCAUUGACCUCAAGAACUCAUAACCUCUAAAGAAUGAUGUCAUGAUCUUGAAUCUU